CUGCUGCACAGCACACGCUGCCGCGUCUCGUCCUCCUCGACCCCUGCAGCACAGCUCAGCCGCACGGCGCUGCCUCACGUCCGCCAUGGGCCUCCUCACCCGCCAGCCAGAGAGCUACGUCAAGAAGAAGCAGUACACGUUCAACAGGACCCUCGGCGAGGGCAGCUUCGGCCUUGUGCGCUCGGCGACGUGGAAUGCCGCCGACCCGCCCAUCGGCGUGGCCGUCAAGGUCAUCAGCAAGAAGAUCCUCAAGGGCCACGAUGAGAUUGUGCAGGGCGAGAUGGACGUGCUGAAGGGCCUGGACCAGCCGCACGUGGUCAAGUUCCUCGACUGGUUCGAGUCGAAGGACAAGUACUACCUCGUCUUUGAGGAGGCCACUGGCGGCGAGCUCUUUGACCGCAUCCUGGCGCGCGGCCGCUUCACCGAGGUCGACGCCUGCCGCACCAUCCGUGCCGUGCUUAGCGCCAUCGACUACCUGCACCGGCACAACAUCGUGCACCGAGAUGUGAAGCCGGAGAACAUCUUGUAUCGCUCGCAGAACGAGGACGCGAAUGUCGUGCUCGUCGACUUUGGCAUCGCGCGGCAUCUCACGGACGAGAACGAGAUCCUGACGAACGUGUGCGGCAGCUUCGGCUAUGCUGCACCCGAGAUUCUCGCGAAGAAGGGCCAUGGCAAGCCGGUCGACAUGUGGUCGCUGGGCGUUAUCACUUACACGAUGCUCUGCGGGUAUACGCCAUUCCGGUCCGACGACCCGGCCAAGCUCGCAGCAGAGACGCAGCGCGGCAAGGUCGAGUUCCACGACCGCUACUGGAAGAACAUCAGCCCAGACGCCAAGGACUUUGUGAAGCGCUGCCUGACGGUCGACCCAUCACAACGCAUCACAGCAGAGGAGGGUCUGAAGCACGCAUGGCUGGACGAGAGCAGCGCCACGGCUGGCGCCUCGCACGACCUCAGUGUCGGCCUGAAGGAGAACUACCGCAAGCGGUGGCGGACGGCCAUCAACAUGGUGCGCGCCUCGACGCGCAUGGCGGCGCUCGGCAAGAGCGGAGGAGCAGCGGCGCAGCCGAAGAAGUCGCAGUUCGACAGCGAUACGGAGGACGAGGAUGCGGGCUACCACACGGGCGACGACGGCGACGACGACGAGGCGACGGCUGUUGCGGUCGCCAAGCAGCAGGACGCUGCCAACGGCGAGACGCACCACGGCGGUCUGGCUGGGCUCGUCGAGAAGGUCGGCCAUGUCAAGCUUGGCGGCCAUGACGAUGCAAAGUAGCGAGCGCUCAAUUCCGCAGACUUCCUUGUCAGAUCCCUUUCACACCCUGUAUACUAG